UUUGCGUUCAAAGAAGACAUUGAAGAACUUUGAUGGUUCUUGAUCACAAAAAUCUACUUGAAUAGCAAAGUAACAAAGUAAAAUAGCUUGAAAACGGACCUAAAGUCGCCCAAGAUAUUUGCUCUUAGUGAGAGAAAGGUCGAACAACAAUCAAAGAUACCGUAAAGAAUGACAUUAAUAUAAUAAAACAAACUGUUUUUGACAAUCUCCGUGCAAGAACAUCAUGUCUGCAAAACUCAGUGUUCUUUUUUAUUCCAAAAUCAUUUUCAUUACUCCUCAAACUCGUUGUUCCGUCCAAUCAAUUUCGAGAAAUUACGUAUCUAUUUUCGUUAUGUGAGAUUUAAUCAGUUGAGACGAAUGAAUAGAAAGACUCAAACUCAUUUUCAUCAACAAAACUAGUAAAAUAUACCAGCUCAAAAUGCUUAUUGAGAGCAUCACAAAAUGUAUGAUCGUUAUUACGGUUUUUUUUGUCGAAGUUGCAAAAUGCAAUUCAAAAUCUGAUGAGACGAGUAAGGAGCUAAGGAAUCUGAUGUCGAACUACGACAGGAGAUUCAGGCCCUCUUUCGGUGGAGAACCGGUGGUCGUUAAUGCUUCAAUACAUUUCAACAGCCUUGAAAUGGUCGAUAAACCGAUGAAACUUGAAGCACACAUCACUUUGAGACUGCAAUGGACUGACGAGAGAUUGAAAGUUUCGAGUGACAUAGGUCAAAUCGAACUCACAACUAGAGGUUUUGCUGGCGAAAUUUGGACUCCAGAUCUGUACUACCCUGGAACGACAUCAGUGGCAGUGAAUGAUGAGGUCGAGUAUGUUCGGCUCAAUUCUGAAGGAACGGUGAUAUACUCGCGAGAACUAAAAUUCGGUUCCAUUUGUAGUCUUCUUGAUUUACACAACUUCCCUCUUGAUACACAGGUUUGCUCUUUGAACUUAGAGUCCUAUGGGCUCAGGACUGAUGAUAUACAACUGAACUGGCUGGAUGAGGGUUCUCUAUCCCCACCAGGCGAUGUCGGAACAGAAUUUUUUCUGAUAAAUAUGAGACUGAGUAGCUAUGUUCUUCACUUUUCGACUGGGGAGUUUAGUGUUCUAACUCUUGAAUUAUACGUGAGCCGGCUGCUUCUGGCCAAUGCGCUACAGUUUUAUUUUCCCGCUCUGCUCAUAGUGACAAUUUCUUGGCUUGGUUUUUGGAUCGACCCACAUCACGUGAGUGGACGAAGCUUGGUCGUCUUACUCUCCACUCUCGCCCUUCUUCUGUCGUUUCUGAAUUUUCAGAUGAGCCUCAAAAACAUCAAUCACGUCACAAUGUGUCACAUGUUCUAUCUUCUAAGCUUCUUCUAUAUAGCACUGGUCGUUCUGGAAUACAUUGCAGUCGUGUUGUUUACCCAGCGAGCAGCCAAUCACAAGAAAAAUGAUGAAGAUAAAUUGGGAAACUCUCGGUGGUCGGAAAGAAUUGACCUAUUUUGCAGAAUAGUGUUUCCAGUGACCUACUUUCUCCUUCUGUUUGUUCACAUUUGUCAUAUCCAGGGUUCAACAGAUGAAUACUGAUUUGAUUAUUUAAUCAAAAUUGAAUAAUUUAAAAAUUGAUAAGAGAGUUGAUUAUGGUCAGCAGAUUAUUAAAUUGAUUGAUUCGUUGACUGGUCUUUAAACUGAAACGUUUUGCUAGAAACAAGCAUGCUGAUUCAGCCUCUCUUUUUCUCUUUUCUCAAUAGCAAGAGACAAAGAAUGAAGUUUAGUGGUUAAAUUGCCAGUCUUCUGAAUUUAAUUUCAUAAAUGAAAAUUUAACCAAUGCAUGUUUGCUUGCUAUGAUCUACAGGGCUAAAGCGUAUACCCCCAGGUAAAAAGUAUAAAUGACAGUUGUAGUGAUGU